AUGCGUCUCUUGAAAUUAUGGUUUCUAGCGGCGCCGUUGCUUCACAAUGCCGUGGUUUCUGCCAGUCAAGCCUCCGCUGAAGAUGAUAUAUCUGUCCUGACUACAGAGACGGCGAAAGCCAACAAUGACUCGCUGUUAUGGGGUCCCUAUAAGCCUAAUCUCUAUUUCGGAGUCCGACCUCGUAUUCCAAACAGUCUCUCCGCAGGCUUAAUGUGGGCAAAGGUGGACGAUUAUAGUACUGCGCAAAAUAAUUUCCGACACACCUGCGAGCAGAAUGAAGGCAUGGCUGGUUAUGGUUGGGAUGAAUACGAUAUUCGGAAAGGCGGACGACAGACAAUACACGAUACUGGCAACUCCCUAGAUUUAACUAUCGACUUCGUCAAAGUUCCUGGUGGACAACAUGGUGGCAGCUGGGCUGCUAGAGUCAAAGGCGUUCCCCGGGACGAUGCCCCCCCUGACCAACCUACAUCGGUCGUUUUCUAUGCUUCGUUGGAGGGGUUGGGCAACCUGGGUGUCACAACAGAAUCGGAACCUCUUGGGUUUGCAGGCGACGUGAAACUGGCAGGUUAUACAUCUGAGCUUGGUGACUUCUCGAUCGACGUGACUGCGGGUCCUGAGAGCAAUGGGCAUCCUGAAAUUGAUCACCCUGCUCACGAGGACAAGCCUCUCGAUCGUACUCUGGUAUCAAGCUCAACCAUUGCACCCGAGAAUCUCUGGCAGGCAAAGGCUAUUAUGUUUGGACAGAUGAAGUCCGAAGUCGACGAGAUCAUCCAGAAAUAUGGCGCAGAGAACCCUCCCCCACCACCGCAAGUUUUCACCAUCAAGAACGCACCUGGUGAGGGAAACAUUCAUUUCGUCCAGAAGGUCUUCAAGGGCCCCUUCGAGUUUGAUAUCUUGUUUAAUUCCGGAUCUUCUUCCAACCCCGUGACGACUGAGAGUCUCACCAAGGAGAUCGCAAGCGUCUCAGAGUUGUUCUCUGAGCGUUUUGACAAGGUCAUUCCACCACAAUCUCCGUUUCAAACCGCGGAAUAUUCCGAAUUCUCCAAGGCGAUGUUGUCGAAUCUUGUCGGUGGCAUUGGCUUUUUCCAUGGAGAUGACGUUGUUGACCGGUCGGGAGCACCAGAGUAUGACGAGGAGAAUGAGGGUUUCUGGGAGGAAACAGCCGAGGCAAGAGCACGAGCACAGCCUGUCCUUGAAGGGCCCAAAGAUCUGUUCACCUGUGUCCCUUCUCGCCCAUUCUUUCCCAGAGGAUUUCUGUGGGAUGAAGGCUUCCACUUGAUUCCUGUGAUCGAAUGGGAUACUGAUCUUGCGCUCGAAAUCGUCAAGAGCUGGUUACACUUGAUGGAUGACGACGGCUGGAUUGCUCGGGAGCAGAUCCUCGGUGCUGAAGCUCGAAGCAAAGUCCCGCCAGAAUUCACAGUUCAGUACCCUCAUUAUGCCAAUCCCCCAACUUUGUUCAUGGUUUUGGAGUCUUUCCUGGACAAGCUUGAGGCAGGCAGGGAUAGCUCAUCUCAGAGUUCUACAAGCCAGGGUGUCUCGGACAACCUUCGUUCGGCCUACGUGCAGCAUCCGGAAUUGGGCGAAGCAUAUAUUCGCUCCAUUUACCCAUUGCUCAGGAAACAUUACUUCUGGUACAGAACCACACAAAAGGGUGACAUCAAGUCGUAUGACCGGGAAGCAUUUUCCACAAAGGAAGCGUAUCGCUGGAGGGGACGUUCUGUCCAGCAUAUCCUGACAUCUGGCCUUGAUGACUAUCCUCGCCCACAGCCUCCCCACCCUGGAGAGCUUCAUGUGGAUUUAAUUAGUUGGAUGGGAAUGAUGACUCGUGCUAUGCGACGUAUCGCCGAGUUUGUUGGGGAGACUGAGGAUGCCCAAGAAUUCAGGGGCUAUGAGACAGCGAUUGCACGAAACAUCGAAGAUCUCCAUUGGGAUGAUCAGGCCCAGACGUACUGCGACGCCACCAUCGACGAAUACGAAGAAAGUGUUCAUGUUUGCCACAAGGGUUAUAUCUCGCUCUUCCCAUUCUUGACGGGCAUUCUGGGACCCGAUAGUCCUCGACUCAAGGCCGUCCUGGAUCUGAUUAGCGACCCCGAAGAGCUUUGGAGUGAUUACGGUAUCCGCAGUCUGAGCAAGAAGGAUGAGUUCUACGGCACUGCUGAGAACUACUGGAGAAGCCCGAUCUGGAUGCCCAUCAAUUAUUUGGUGGUCAAGAACCUCCAUGAUGUUGCAACGACACCUGGUCCCCAUCAGGGACAAGCUCGUGAAAUGUACUCGAGUUUGCGGAAAAAUCUGGUUGAAAAUGUUUUCAGACAAUGGAAAGAUACCGGGUUUGCCUGGGAACAGUACAACCCGGAAACAGGUAAAGGUCAGCGAACGCAACACUUCACCGGUUGGACCAGCAUGGUGGUGAAGAUCAUGACAAUGCCUGAUCUGCCUGCCACUGAGCGCGCAAGCCACGACGAGCUGUAA